GAAAAAGAAAAAGAAAAAGAAAAGGGGGGGAGAGAGAGAGCAGAUUGCAGAGGCUCGACGACUUGUCCCUCAAGAUAUCUCGUUUGAGUUUUUUCAAUAGGAAGCAACAGAUACAAUACUGGACUGGACGACGCCUAUUCCAUUCCAAGCUUCUAAUCUUUCUCUCAUCUCUCUCUCUCGAGGUUCUUAACCCCUUUCUUCUCUCGAUUUUUAUCUGCCCAUAGUUUAUAAUACUAAAGAUUUGUAGAUCAGUGUCAGCUUUGUGAUGGCAACUGAACUGAAAGCAGUUACUGAGGAGAUGAAGGUUGACCUCUUUGAGGAUGAUGAUGAGUUUGAAGAGUUUGAGAUUAAUGAAGAGUGGGAAGUCAAGGAAGGUAAAGAAAUUACACAGCAGUGGGAAGAUGACUGGGAUGACGACGAUGUCAACGACGACUUCUCGGUGCAGCUUAGGAGAGAAUUGGAGAACAACGGUGAGAAAAAAUGAAGAGACUUGAGCCACCUCUUGUUUAUCUGCCAACAUCUAUGUUUUAUUUAACAUUGUUUUGACUUCAAGAUGGUUUAUGAUGUCUUCUAUCUUUGCAAAUAGUGAUAUGAAUAUGCUUAGAAGUUAUAAACCUUGUUAGCAUUAUUGAACACCAAGGAUGAUCGCUGGCCCAGAAGAUAACGCAUUUUCGUUGUUAUUUAUGAUCUCUAUGGUCUUUUAGUUAAUUUGAUUA